AUGAACGACACAGUAACUAUCCAGACCAGGAAGUUCGUGACCAAUUGGCUAAUUCAGAGGAAACGAAUGGUCAUUAAUGUCCUUCACUCUGGGAAGGCAAUAGAACCUAAGACGGAAAUUCAGGAAAAACUAGCCAAAAUGUACAAGCCCACACCAGAUGUCAUCUUUGUAUUUGAAUUCAGAACCCAUUUUAGUGGUGGCAAGGCAACUGGCUUUGGCAUGAUUUACAAUUCAUUGCAUUAUGCAAAGAAAAAUGAACCCAAACACAGAUGUGCAAGACAUGGCCUGUAUGAGAAAAAGACCUCAAGAAAGCAGCAAAAGGAGAAAGAGAAUGAAGAACGGCAGGUGACUGCAAAGGCCAAUGUCAGUGCUGGUAAAAAGCAGGAGUAA